AAUUAUUCAUGUGAUUCAAUCUUCCUCUCCCUCUCUUUCUUGUAUGUCUAUAAAGUGUAAAUAUAUUCCACUCACCUAUUCCUGCGUCGCCUCCUCUCACAAAAGAAAGUGAAUUAGGGAGAAAAAUGAGGAACAAAUUCUACUUAUUACUUUGGCUGCUGGCUUUGAAUAAUAUUGUUUUAGGUGAUAACUACGAAUAUAUUCGUUUGGGACGCCAUGAACAUGACCUUAGCCAAGGGGAACAGCCAUUGUCAAGAGUUCAAAUACACAAAACUGUUCUUGCUCUACGUAAAUCUGCCUCCAUUAAAGUUGCUGGAUCUUCUCUUCUCGGCUCUACGGGUGAAGAUGUUGAAUGGGUUACAAUAAACCUCAAGAAUGCAAAGCCCACAAAUGAUGACUGGAUUGGUGUAUUUUCUCCUGCAAAAUUCAAGGAUGACGAAGGGAUGACGAAGGGAAAAGCUUAUAAUCAUUGAACGAGAGAAUAUUUUCUUGAAUUUCACAAGGUACUAAGGUUUCCUCGAUUUUGGUCAUGUGCACUAAAAUUGUAAAAAAGA